CCAAAAAAUCCCAUCUUCAUCACUGUCUCAACUUUCAAAAGAAACAUUUUUUUCACCGAGUUAUGUGGGCUUCUUUGGGUUUUCUUUGUCUCGGUCAGAGUUUUCACAGAGAAAACAGGAAAGCGAGAACCUUCCUGUCUCUCUCUCUCUCUCUCUUUUCUUGUUUAUCUUUCUCUUAUCUCUCUCUCUACACUUAUUCUUUCCUUUUAUUAUUUCUUGCCCAUAUCUCUUUCUUUCUUCCUUCUCAUCAAAUACUCUUCUUUCUUCCCUUUUCUCUUUCUCUUGUCCAUAUUUCCUUAUUUUGGCCUUCUGAGUUCUUCUCUUAACCUCACCCCUGUGAUCUGAAACAUGAAGAAGCUGAAAGGGGUUGCUGCUGCUGUUGCUGCUAUGGAGUAUUCUCCAUAUGCUACGUAUGAGGACCAAAGGACCAGGUUCAAGCACCAGAGCCUUAUGCAAGACUUUGAAGACUUGCACAAGGAAACAGAGGCCAUGAGAAAGAAGUUGCAGAUGAUGAAAGAGCAAAAAUUGACCCUGUUGGCUGAAGUCCGGUUUUUGAAACGGAGGCACAAGUUCUUGAUGCAAAACCAAUCUUCAAACACACCAGCCCAAAAAAACAUUGUGCAACCACAGAAUUUGGUGAUUAGAAGUAAAUCAAAUAUGAAGGAAAAGAAAUCUACCGGAAAGGAACGAACUAUGCAACGCCUAGCUACAGGUUUUGAUUUGAACCAAAAGGGAAAGACUUACAGUGAAAAGGAAACCACUUUCACUCAUCCUUCUCUGAUGUUUGACUUAAACCAGAAGCAGCAGAAAAUUUUGAACGGAAAGGAAGUUACUUUGCUGCGAAGUUCUUUACCAGUUCUUGACUUAAACCAGAGGGAAAGGGUUUACAGUGGAAAGGAAGCCACUGCUCGAAGCAUGACACCGAUUUUUGACUUAAACCAGAUUUCGAGAGAGGAGGAAGAACUACAGGCUAGUGAUAAUUCAAUGAGAAUAGAGGAAUUCAAGAAAAGUUCAAUGAGAAUCGGAGCUGAUGAGCAGCACAAUGAUAUUAAAAUAUCAGCCUGCAGGAACACUGGAAACGGGCCAAACCGAGUUGCAAAAAGAAAGAUCACAUGGCAAGAUCCGGUGGCAUUGAGGGUUUAAGUCUCUUACUGUACUUGUAAUAGAGGUGCUUAUUUUGGAGGGGUUGGGACUUGGUGAGUUUAGCUUGCCUCCUGCCCGAUUCUUAAUAGCUCUGAUGCUCUUUCUUCUCUUCUGUAAAGAAAAUAUAGUUGCAUCUGUUAAAUUUCUAUAGAUAAAUAUAUAUAAUAUAAAAAAAAUAUGAUGCUUUGGGAAUCAGAUAUGUUCUCAACGAAAGUGCUGUUUACUUGUAUCAUGAAUGCGGGUCUUGUUUGGUGGGAGUAAUCGAGAAGCAAAUUGGUGAUUGGUGGUGUGAAA